UGAUGUUGCUGUUGAUAUUUGAACAUGGCGGUGGGUUCAGUAUCGGUAUGCACCGAGUGUUUGUUUAAAGUUUUGGUGAUUGGAGAGAGGGGUGUUGGAAAAACGAGCUUUAUAACGCGGUACGUUAACAUGCGGUUGGUUCAAGGAGGAGUACAAGGCAUCGAUUAGUUGAAAACGAUCGAAUGGGACAAUAAAACAGUGGUGAGACUUCAGCUUUGGGACAUUGCAGGUCAGGAGAGGAUUAGGAACAUGUCCAGAGUAUACUACAAGGAGGCCAUGGGGGCGUUUGUGGUCUUUGACACGACCAAGAUGGAGACAUUAGAGGCUGCCUCACAGUGGAAGCAUGAACUAGAUAGCAAAGUGAGACUGGUCAGUGGAAGCCCUGUCCCUACUGUCCUGUUAGCCAACAAGUGUGACCAGACAGAGGGAAACAAGUAGCUGGACAACUACUGUAAAGAGAAAGGCUUCCUGGGUUGGUUUGAGACGUCAGCAAAGGACAAUCUCAAUGUUGACGAGGCAGGAGCCUUCCUAAUAAUGGAGAACAUGCUGCGGAUUGACAGAGGGCUGUCCAGCAAAGACAACGAAAAUGACAGGAUCAGCAUGAGCCAGUCCAAGGCAACAUUUAAAUGCUGCUAGUACCACCAUGGAGAGACGAUGGACUCAGCUAGUACCACCAUGGAGAGACGAUGGACUCAGGGGGCAGAGGGAUAGAGGGACUUUAACAGGGAGGCUUAAAGCUGGGUAAACUCAUAAAUAUGUCAUUUCAACCAGCAUUGCCCACUGUAUUAGGUGUCAGGCAUGUCCGUUUAUAUCAUUCUAAUUUCACACCCUCACAUAUGAUUUCAGCACAUUCCAUCAUCAGUACAUGGGUAUGGGGCAGUAGGCUACAUGGGUUGUUGUAGGAAACAUCUCUAUGGAGAUGAUUGAGCCAUUAUCUUCUGGUAAUCAACUGAUCCAAUCAGCAGGCCAAUAAACCGACCAGCGGGAACACACAGACUGUGAUUCCGUGGCUGUGACACUCCCUUUUAAAUGGUCAUAAGACUGACUGACAACACAUUUGAAUUCUAUUUUAUCCUCAUGAAACUCUUGGAUAUCAUUCUUUCCUACUCCCUCCCUUUCCUACCAGAUAGAGGAGAUCUCUAAGACAAGGUUAUUGUCAACAUGACCCAUUUUCUGGCAUGCUUUCUUGAAGAAAUAUCUGAGAAUGCAACACAAUGCUCGUGCUACACCCUCCGGAGAUGCGUUCUAUAUUGGAGUGUGCUAUAUUCAGUGUAGAGGACCCGUCUCAGUCACGGUCUCUAGACGGAGAAGGUGUGUUUAAAGGAGCAAGCUGCAAUUCAAACCACAACAAAGCGGACACCCCACCACUGUUUUUUUAAUCAAAUCAAAUUGUUUUGGUCACGUACACAUGUUUAGCAGAUGUUAUUGCAGGUGUAACGAAAUGCUUGUGUUUCUAGCUCCAACAGUGAAAAAAAAAGUAAUAUCUAACAAUUUCACAACAAUACACACCGAUCUAAAUUAAGGAAUAUAAUUAAGAAUAGAAUGGCUUUGUGAUGGCCACUCCAAUACCUUGACUUUGCUGUUGCUUCAAUAUAGCCACAUAAUUUUCCAUCCUCAUGAUGCCAUCUAUUUUGUGAAGUGCACCAGUCCCUCCUGCAGCAAAGCACCCCCACGACAUGAUGCUGCCACCCCCGCGCUUCACGGUUGGGAUGGGGUUCUUCGACUUGCAAGCCUCCUCCUUUUUCCUCCAAACAUAACGAUGGUCAUUAUGACCAAACAAUACUAUUUUUGUUUCAUCAGACCAGAGAACAUUUCUCCAAAAAGUAUGAUCUUUGUCCCCAUUUGCAGUUGCAGUGGCUUCUUCUUUGUUGAGCGGCCUUUCAGGUUAUGUCGAUUUAGGACUCGUUUUACUGUGGAUAUAGAUAGUUUUGUACUUGUUUCUUCCAGAAUCUUCACAUGGUCCUUUGCUGUUGUUCUGGGAUUGAUUUGCACUUUUCGCACCAAAGUACGUUCAUCUCUAGGAGACAGAACGCGUCUCCUUCCUGAGCGGUAUGACGGCUGCGUGGUCCCAUGGUGUUUAUACUUGCGUACUAUUGUUUGUACAGAUGAAUGUGGUACC